GGGAGCAGAGAUUAGCCGAGCGAGAUCCAUUCUCGGCCCUACACCACCGGCGACGACGCAGGUGCGUUCGUUGUGUUGAUCGCCUUCCCCGAGCCCGAUCGAGGCGCAGCGCGGAUGGAGAUGGACUUCCUCGGCCCCCGCUCGUCGCCGUGGCAAGUGAUGCCGCCCGUGCCGCGACGCAACGACGGCGCCGAGCCCUGGCGCUUCGCUGCGCCGCCGCCGCCGCCGAUGCUUCAUGCGCCGGUACCGGACGUGCCCGCGGCUCAUCGCUACCCGACGGCUCCGGCCUCCGAGGUUCAUCACGUCGGCGCGCGCGUGCCGCCGUCGCCGUAUCCCCAGGCCUUCCCGUUCGGCAUUCCAGCCUCGUAUCUACAGGGCUCCCAGGUAGGAGUAGUCCACAAUGCUGCGCCCACGCGCGAUCAGAGGUGCCCCGCCCCGCAGCUCACGAUAUUCUACGCCGGCUCCGUGCACGUGUUCGACAAUGUCACCAAGGACAAGGCUGAGCAGAUCAUGUUCAUGGCUUCCAAGGCGGCUCAAGCAGGCAGCAGCCCUCCAUUCCGUCUGCCGCUGCGGCAAUCUGAAUCAGCCCCAGCCCCAGUCCCAGACGAAAGGCAGAUGGCGCCAUUGGCGAGAGCUUGCAGUGAUCCGGUGCAUCUCAACCUGGACACCGUGCACGAUGUUCCGCUGGCCAGGAGCGCGUCCCUCGCUCGCUUCCUCGAGAGGCGCAAGCAGAAGCAAAGGGCAGCACAUGCGGCAACACCUUACUCUCGCAGGGAGAUAUCUCCUGGCAGCAUGGACACGUUCCUCAUGCUUUCUCCGGGGAACACAGCGGUGUCUGGCAACCCCGAACUGUCAUGGUUCUUCGGAGACGAAAAGGGAAGCCGCAACGAGGAGGCUCUGGACACCGAGCUGAAGAUGUAGCACUCGCGCCAAACAUCGGGUUCUGUUCACAACAACAACACACAGUACGUACGAGCCCGAAUUCUGGAUCAGGUCCGGUGGAUCGUCGAGCUGAUGAUAACAAAAAGCUUUUUGCUAAUUCAGCUAGAGAUUGCCUAGGUUUUUCUUCUUUAAAUUUUGAGUUCGGAGAGGAUGUUUGCUCACAGUUCCUCCUGGAACUGAAAACAUCGUCUUCCUUUUCGGCUUUACCUCCACGCAGAACAAUUUGUGGGUUCGUUCAGAUUGUCCGCAAUCUGGGUAGGAAUCCUGUAGUUUUGACCGGUGAGAGUUUUUAUUUCCUUCCCUUUGAACAUGAGAUGACUUGAUGUAUCUCAUACAAUGAACAAUUUUGUGAACUCAUCAGUUCAUGCCGUAAUGAAUCUAUUGCUCUUAGGCCCACAA